CUUUCUAUUGAUUGGAGAGCUGUGUGCCAAGGGGCGUGACCAAGGAAGUGGCGAGGCCUGUCAAUUCCAUGUGCACAGUAGGGCUGGCUAUAGGUGGCAACUUAUUUACACUGGGUUUUGAGUGAGGGGCAACGUUAUUUAGCCAGUGGAUGAUAAAUAUACACAGCAGUAAUAAUGCACGGACUGUGAUGUAUGUGUUAGAACGAGAGGUGCAAUGAUGUUGCCUCGUUUCCUGUGGAGACCGGUCCUGUGCAGUUAUAGGGCGCUGGGGUCACCUUCUCGAUCACUGACUGUAUCUUAUUAUAGAAACCUCUCAUGUCUGGCUCUUCUCCACAAAGGGGCCUUUGCCGCUCCAACAAGCCGGUCCCUGUUCUGUGCUGAGCGGCCCAUAAGCACGGGCUGUACCUCGCUACAGGUGAAGGACAAGCGAGUGUCUGUGCAAAGCACAAGUGAUGGGGCACCGCCACAAAAUGCUUCUCACAAAGUAAAAGAAGCCGGCAGAGACUUCACCUAUUUUAUUGUGGUACUGAUUGGAAUCGGAGUUACAGGUGGACUUUUCUAUGUUGUGUUUGAAGAACUUUUUUCUUCUUCAAGUCCAAGUAAGAUAUAUGGAGAGGCUCUUGAAAAGUGCAGAUCUCAUCCAGAGGUUAUUGGUGCAUUUGGUGAGCCCAUCAAAGGUUAUGGAGAGACCACAAGACGUGGUAGAAGACAGCAUGUCAGUCAUAUGGAGUUUGUAAAAGAUGGCAUAAAGUGCAUGAGGCUGAAGUUUUACAUAGAAGGCUCUGAACCAAGAAAGCAAGGAACAGUGCACAUAGAGAACCCAGCAAGUGGAAAAUAUGAAUUUCAAUACAUCUUUGUUGAAAUUGAUACUUACCCACGACGAACAAUCAUCAUAGAAGAUAACAGAUAGCAACGUUAAGAAAAAAAACUUUGUUUGAUGCUGCUGUGUCUCUGUAUAAAAGGUGCUUUACAACCAUACGGUUUCCCAGAAUGUUCUAUGGUUUUGUUUUGUUUUUUCAAGUUUUUAUUUUUGCAAUUUUUAACAACAAUGAAACUAGAGAAAGGAAACUGAAAAGGAAAAAAAAAUGAGGCUAAGGCAUCAAUAAUGUUCUAUGGUUUUGCUGUAGGAAGAAACUUCUGUUCUAAUGACUGUGAGUAACUGAAUCAUGGCUUCUUUUUAUUGUGAAAAUAAAUGAAUCAUGUAAUAUAAUUAUUAUAAUGAUCCCCUAUUGUGUCAUCUGCUUUUAACACUCCACAUAUUCCUCCUCUGCCUUUCAUAAUAAUAAUAAGAAUACGUGUUUUUUAUAUUUAGUGCAUUUUUCAAAAUUAUUUCGUUUGGAAUAACAAAAUCCUCUUAACAAGAAAAGCUUUGGUGCUUGUUGGGUAGAAUAUUACCAGUGUUUAUUCAGCCUUAAACAGCUCUGUUUCUUCUGCCUUAUAGAUAGAGCAUAUGUAAAGCAUAUGUAGUAGAGUAUAGAAAGCAUUUUGGGUGUGAGGGAAGUUAUUUUACUAAGGUGAGCUGGAAGCAUAGGGUGCAUUGCUGACCUAGUUUAAUAUCCUUAUAAUAUCUUUAUAAUACAUGAGCCAUGAAUAUCCUGUAAAUUAUAUCAUUAUAAAAGGUGUUAAGUGAUGUUGUUUGUUAUAAUUGGAGCUUAAUGAUGUAAUUUCUGUCACAUGAACUCACUGAAACUUGUGUAUUAUAAUAAAAUUCCCCCAAAGAUG